AUGGGCAUGGCAGUCGACGGCCACAAAGGCGGCAAGAGCGUAGUCCUAACAGGACGCAACGACGCAGCCGACAUCGAAAACGCCAUCCUCGACCUGCAAAAGCAGUUUGACCCAAUCUUCAUCCUAGGCAUAUUCUACGCAAAGGACACAGGCAUCUACAACUGCGUUAAGCAGGUCUGUGACGUCCGCUGCGGCAUCCGCAACGUGAACGUAUUGGCUGAAAAGCUUCGCGGCUUCAACGACCAGUACAACGCGAAUGUGGGCCUGAAAAUCAACCUCAAACUCGGCGGUGCAAACCAAAGCCUCGGCACCGCCGACCUCGGCAUCAUAUCCGAAGGAAAAACAAUGCUAGUCGGCAUAGAUGUCACCCACCCAUCCCCAGGCUCGGCCAGCACAGCUCCCAGCGUGGCGGGUAUCGUCGCCUCCAUCGACUCAACCCUGGCGCAGUGGCCCGCGGAAAUCCGCGUCCAAGGGGCGCGCCAGGAAAUGGUCGCCGAUCUCGAAACCCUCCUUAUCUCCCGCCUUCAACAUUGGGCUAAAUGCAAUAAAAAGGCCCUGCCCGAGAACAUCAUCAUCUAUCGCGACGGCGUCUCAGAAGGCCAAUACAACAAAGGCCUCCCACGCCUUUCAAUCGUCAUCGUCGGCAAACGCCACAACACCCGCUUCUACCCAACAACCGACCAAGACUCCAACCGCGAAAAUCCAAUCCCGGGAACAGUCGUCGACCGCGGCGUCUCCGAAGCGCGCGACUGGGACUUCUACCUACAAGCCCAUGCCGCACUGCAGGGAACUGCCCGUCCAGCGCACUAUUUCACCGUCUGGGAUGAGAUCUUCUACCCGCGUCACCCAGCGAAGUCGGGGGGACAAGGUGCGGCGGACGUUUUGCAAGAGUUGACGCAUAAGAUGUGUUAUAUGUUUGGGCGGGCCACGAAGGCUGUUAGUGUUUGUCCGCCGGCUUAUUAUGCGGAUUUGUGGUGUGACGGAGGGGACGGCGGAUUUGUCUAG